CUGAUAUAAAUUAAUUGGUGAAGAAUUACAGGAGCAGUGGCAUUAAAUCCAUUGAAUCCUAUUAUUAUUCAACUAAUGAAUAUGUGAGAGUACAACACUCCCAUUGCUGUUCUUUUUGAGUUCACUGAAGGAAUGUGUGUACGUACUGUACCUGUUAUCUAAUCUAAAAUCUAAAUGAAAGGUCUGAAGUGAAACCAUCUUCUUUUUUAGGAGUUACUGGUGAUUUUCCUAAAACAAAAUAAAAUCUUUCAUUACAGGGGGCGUUCUGCCCUGAAGCAAAGACACACAGGCUAAAAACCAGUGCAAACUUCCUGCUAACCCACAGCAGGUGAAAGAGUGUCGCCGGAGCAGCUGUCUGAGAUUACAAAAGGAGGAUUCCUGGUUUUAUCUCUGACGUCAUCAUCAUGAGAUUGUCUCCAGUUUUCCAACAUCUGCUGGUGUUCAUAUCAGUCAUGUCACUCGCCAGAGUACAAACAACAGCAGAAAUAUUCUACCCAUUCGGCUCAGCAGCAGGAGACACAAACAAUACUGCUCAAGAUGAUGGAAGCUCUCCAGUUAUUCAGCUGUUGAGUCCAUUUCUGUUCUUUGGCCGCACUUACCAGCAGAUUUAUGUUAAUAAUAAUGGAUACCUCACAUUUAACCAGCCUUCAUCACAAUUUGUCCCCUACUCAUUCCCCGCUAGCAGAAGCCAAGAUGUAAUUGCUGGUCUCUGGACUGAUCUUGAUAACCGUCUGAGAGGUGUAGUUUCAUAUCAUCAGUACACCAGUGGAAAUGUUCUCAUACGAGCCACUCGGGAUAUAAACACACAUUUCCCAAAUCUGAACUUCACCGCUUCUUGGGUCUUUGUUGCAACAUGGGAUAAAGUCGCUUACUUCAGCUUAACCAACACAGAAACAUCCUUUCAAGUGAUUUUAAUUGCAGACAGUAAUUUUUCAUUUAUUCUGAUGAAUUAUGGUGAAAUUGCUGUAACAGGACAUCCAGUGCAGGCUGGUUAUGACACAAUAAGCUCCACACACUACACAGUGAUCAAUGGAUCAAACAAAGGCAGCUCCAUCUCAAACCUCAGGAACUCCAGUAAUGUCGGUGUUUCAGGACGAUGGGCCUUCAGGGUGGAUGGUGGACUACAAAUCUCUGAAGUAAACCUCACAUUGUCAACCACCACAGUCUCAACAGCCAUUCUCCCAGUGACUGCAAAGCCAGCACCAGCAAUAUUCUACCCAUUCGGCUCAACAGUAGGAGACAAAAGCAGUCCUGUUGAUGAUGAAGGGAGCUCUUCAGUUAUUCAGCUGUUGAGUCCAUUUCUGUUCUUUGGCCGCACAUACCAGCAGAUUUAUGUUAAUAACAAUGGACAUCUCACAUUUGACAAGCCUUCAUCACUAUAUACUCCUUACUCAUUUCCUGCUAAUAGAAGCCAAGAUAUAAUUGCAGGUCUCUGGACAAACCUUAACAACAAUGUGAGAGGUGUCAUUUCAUACCAGCAGUACACUUACGGAAAUGUACUUACACGUGCCUCUCAGGAUAUAAACACACAUUUCCCAAAUCUGACUUCCAACGCUUCUUGGGUCUUUGUAGCAACUUGGGAUAAAGUCGCUUACUUCAACUUAAGCAGUACAGAAACAUCUUUUCAAGUGGUUUUAAUUUCAGAUGGAAAUUUUUCAUUUAUUCUGAUUAAUUAUGGUGACAUUGCUGUAACAGAACAUCAAGUGCAGGCUGGUUAUGACACAGUAAACUCCACACACUACUUUGUAAUUCCUGGAUCAAACAAUGGGAGCAUCAUCUCAAACCUCAGGAACUCCAGUAAUGUUAAUGUUACAGGCCGAUGGGCCUUCAGGGUGGACAGUGGACAACACAACAUCUCUAAAGUUAUUGGAUUUCGAGUAAGACUUAAAUCAUUACUUGAUCUAACAAACAGUACAAACACCAAUACAGUUUUACAGCAAAUAAAACAGGAGCUGGUCAAGUACGGUCUGCCAAACAACGUCGAGUUGAAAUUAAGAAAAGUGCAAAGGAUAAAGCCAUAAUACCGGUCUCCUUCAGGAAAAUAAAUAAAACCAGUUAAUUUCUUAAAUGUGCUCAGCGAAUAUCCCAAUAAUCAUGUACAGAUUUAAAGACACCAGUUUUCAUUGAGAUGAUUAAACACAACAUCAGCCAGUCUACAUUUCUGUAUUAAUCAGCACUGAUUUUGAUACAGCCUUCAUGUAGCCAUAAAAUUUUUUAAAGUUAAAUUCCCAGGUAAUGCAUGAACUG